AUACCUACUUACUAUUGUUUCAGCUUCAACUAUACUCGUAUGAACAAUAUCUCCAUAUCUAUUCAAGACCCUUUUCUACGUUUCAUAUUUGUUUCAGAAGUUUUGGGGCCAAGUGCUCCAUAUGCACCAGAGGAAUAUCUUCCAGCGAUUGGGUGCGAAAAGCCCGAGACCACGUAUACCACCUCGCUUGCUUCGCUUGCGCAGCUUGCCAUAGACAGCUGUCAACCGGCGAGGAGUUUGCUUUGCAUGAAGAAAGAGUCCUCUGUAAAGCACACUACUUGGAAAUACUGGAUGGUGGAACCACUUCAUCUGAUGAUGGUUGUGACGCAGAAGGAUACCACAAAAACAAAGCCAAGCGGGUCAGAACGACAUUCACAGAAGAGCAACUACAGGUGCUACAGGCAAAUUUUCAGCUUGACUCAAACCCCGACGGGCAGGACCUGGAAAGGAUCGCUCAAAUAACAGGCCUCAGCAAACGAGUUACGCAAGUCUGGUUCCAAAACUCUCGGGCGCGACAGAAGAAACACAUGCAUACGGGGAAAGUGAAAAACCAAUUACAUAACAGAGAAGAAAGCGGCUUUGGAAGACAUUUGAAUUUGCACCUCACCUACUCAUUUCAACAGCAAAACAGUCAUGACCAUAAACCUUCGUCCAUAUAUUCCCAACCAGGUAAUGAAUAUGACAUGGAUUCAUCACUUGACGAACUAUCACAAGAAUCAACUAUGCAUUGUAUGCCAAAUGAAGUGUAAAUAUUUUAUCUCAGUAUAGAUGUUUCAAAGUUAUGUGACAUUUAGAAAAAAAUUGUAAGUAGCUAUAAAUAUUUUGUAACAUUACAUGUUCAUAUUAUUCCUAUAUAUUUAUUUUUUUGCUUUUUCGAUAUUUUUCCAGUUGUUAGUUUAUGUAAUAAACGCACAUAUUGAAUUGUUUAAUAA